AUGAGCGGGCGGCCGGUGCCACAAAUCCAGGAGCCAGCUGCGGAGCACACCCAUACCGUCAUCUUCCUCCAUGGCGGCGGUAGCGACGGGCCACAGUUUUGGAGGGCGAUCCGUCGGAUGCGCCCCUCUCUCUUUGCCAAGUUCCCGAGCUUCCGCUGGGUCUUCCCCAGCUCAGGGCUGCUGUGGUCGAGUUCCAUGGAGAUGGAGCGCAAGCAGUGGCUGGACGCCUCGCCGCGGGACAGCAGCGAGUCGGCGCAGGAGAUCCCAGGACUAAGCAGCUCCGUAGAGUACGUUCUGCGGCUCAUUGAGGAUGAGGUGCAGCGGCUGGGUGGCAGGGCAGACAAGCUUGUGCUUGGCGGCCUCAGCCAGGGACAGGCAACGUCCCUGUACGCCUUGCUGCGCUGCGAGCACAGGCUGGGAGCCUAUGUGGGCAUGAGCGGAUGGUUACCCCUCGCCCACAAGCUCGAUCAGAGGACGUUGAAAGAGGGAGAUUUACAGGGGGCUGAGGCUACUCCCGUCUUUUUGGGCCACGGCACUCACGAUCGCAAGGUGCCUCUCGAGCUCGCGUUGAGGGCUCGUCACGUACUCAGCACCAACAUGAACGUGGACGUGACGUGGAGGCAGUAUGUGGGCGCCAAGCUGGACGGGCACUGGAUCAAGGAGCCGGAGGAGCUGGAGGACGUAGCUGAGUUUCUCCAGGCCAAGCUCCAACUCGAGGAAUACAACGCUCCUUCUCAAAACCAAACCUCCCUUCUGAAGGAGACCUGCCUCAUCUGAAUCUGGGGGUUUUGAGAGCGCCUAAAGAGCACAGUGCUUCACUGUAAAAUUCAUGCUUGCAGCUUGAAUGUCGGAUGAAUUGUGGAUCAGACUGAGUAUCUUCUUCGUCAGCUCCCGCCAUGGAUCAUGCCAUGGAUAA